AUGGAUAAACCACAUCAAAAUCCAGCUACGGGACUAGCAACGGAGGAAUACUCUACCGGUCUCAGACAAUUCAUGGAAUUUGCGCGCUCUGGUGAUAUUGUGUACUAUGGUGUCUUGCGUGAGAUUUUGGAAGUUCAGUAUCCCGGGUUGCUCAACCUCAGGUGUGUCGCAUUUCUUUGCGAUUGGUACGACCCAACUCCUGAUAGAGGAGUACGAGAAGAUGAAUUUGGUGUUACGUCAAUUCAUUCGAGAAGAAGGUUGGACAACUACGAUCCUUUCAUACUUGCUUCCCAAGCAGACCAAGUUUGUUACAUUCCUUAUCCUCGUGUUGAGAGCAGACAAGAUCCUUGGGUCGUAGUGACAUCGAUUAGUCCAAGAGGAAAGGUGUAUGGCGUUUCAGAGCACGCUCCUUUACAACAAAACACAAGUGGGGUUUUAGGUGCUAUCGAUCAGUCCCUCAAUGUCGAGCUUGUAGUUGACUUAACCAUCGAUGGAGAUGAUGAGAUAUUUGAAGAUUCAGAGGAAGAUCUAGAUAUUGGAGAGUUUGAAGAAAAAUCGGAUUCCGCAAAUUCAGACGAUUAUAGUUCAGAUUCAGAGUAG